AAUAGAAGAUUAUUUUCUAAUACAUUCUAUUCAGUAAGGCAUUGCAAGUUGAGAAUGGCUCGCAUUUACGAAACAAGUUAUGUAAGGGUUGAAGAUAACGACAAAGAAGUACGUUUUAAAAACAUAAUUGAAUGCAUUAAAGAAUAUUCUUCUACGAAAUCGGACAUAGACGCUUUCAUUUUCGUCUCAACAGAUGGAGACAGACAAAGUGUAACAUGGAAAGCUCUGUACGAGAGAUCGUGUGCAGCGGCAAGAGCAAUUAUACGGCUCGGUGUAAAAAGAAAGGAAAUAGUUGCAGUAAACCUUCGUUCGUGUCCUGAAUGGCUAUAUGCCACAUUCGGAUCCAUGAUUGCAGGUGCCAUCCCGAUGAGUAUCUCAUUUAAAUACUCAGAUGGAAGCGACCUAGUAGCGACCAUGGAAAAACUACAAUGCUGCUCACUGUUGAUAAUGGACCCCGGAUUUGACAACGUUAAUUGGAACAUUUUGCAAAAGCUCCUCGAAUACCACGAUGUCACAGGCGCAGUGAAAUCGACCAAAUUACCUUACCUUCGGUAUCUUCUCGGUGUUGGCUUUGAAAAUGCGUCUGGCAACGUUAGAGACUUCAGAGGUUCGUUUCUAGAUGAUUCAUCGGUUGAUGUAAAUUUUGCCAAUAUAGAAUCAGAUGAUGUUGCGACAUUCCUACAAACGUCCGGGAGUACGGGAAUACCAAAGCUUGUUGUACAUACACACGGGACUCUGUUAUCCGCAAGUGGCACGAAUCUUAUAGCCUUUGAUUCAAACCAUAUAAUUUUCAAUGAUAGACCGUUUACAUGGAUCGGAGGAUAUCCGUUCUCAGUUAUGACCGGUCAAACACGAGUAACAGUAUCAGGAUUUUGUGAGGCACCGAAAGAUAGAGUAGCUUUUAUGAAGGAUGUUAUACUAAAAGAGGGAUGCACUUUAACAUUAGGUCUACCACCACUAAUGGCCGAGCUUAAAAGAACUCAGGAUGAUCUGCCUUCCAAUUGGCCACUAAAGGGAAUAUUGACUGGAGGUCAGCCAAUGACAAAUUGUCUAGCAAGCUGCAUUGGAUUUAUAAGACAUUUGCCAGGUGUUGAAACAGCUGUCAUCGUUCCUUUACCAGACGAUAUUUACUACCAGGUCGUGUGCGCAUGCGUAGUGAGGAAACCCGGAAGUGAUCUUACUGAAGAGAUGUUGCGAAAGUUUGGAGAAGAGGACGUCAAACCAUAG